CCACCACCACCCCUUCUCCUCUCCUCCUCCCCCUGCCCUCAAAAGCAGAAGCCCAGGCCAGAGUCCCACAUCAUGCAGAUGAAUAGCAGGUCUGUUCCAGCAGCUGUGCUUUCCCUCCCACCCAGCAAAGGCACUGGGAGACUCCAGAAAGCUGCAGAGACUUGGUCUCUUGUCCGGGCUGAGAGGAUUGAAAAGAAAACCUGGGAAGAAAAAAAGGGGGGGAAAAGAUGGGAUCGGAAGGAGAAAUGAUCAACCUUCAUCCAUCCAUUCCUGGCUCCAGGUUGGAAAACAUCAUCAACAUCAAUCAUUACGCCACCAAGAAAAGCGUGGCUGAGAGCAUGCUGGAUGUGGCGCUCUUCAUGGCCAACGCUGCGCAACUGAAGGCAGUGCUGGAGCAGGGGACGUCCUUCCAAUAUUAUGCUGUCCUGACUGCUCUCAUCACCAUUUCGCUCUUCUUCCAAACUGUCAUUGGGAUUCUCCUGAUCAUUAUAGCUCGGAUGAACCUGAAUGAUGUGACGAAGCAGCAGCGCCUGAAUUUGCUCAACAACAUCGCCACAAUCCUAGUCUUCAUCAUAGUCAUCGUCAACAUCUUCAUUACUGCUUUCGGUGUGCAGAAGACGGGUCUCUAUCCUAGCAUUUAUGGUGGUCGGAGAAUCUACUAAGCCUUGGAAGGGCUGGAGCACAUGGUAGAAGAUAGCUGGAAUGCCUUUCCGUAUAGUCUUAUUGAUCUCAGACUUGAUGAUCCAUUUAAGAUACACAACUGCCUGGGUGAACCCUAUUGCAAUUACAUCAGUUGCUCCUUGUGGGCUACUUCUGCAACAUGUUUACAGCUCUGAAGAGGUGAAUAAUUUUUCAGCUGAUCUUGACAGCAGCCUCUCCUCAUCUCAACCCAUAAUGAUGUUUGUCUCCUGUACUGGAGUAGUGGGGAAUUUCAGGCCAGAGAGCCAAAUGCAGCCCUCCAGGCCUUUCUCGGACUCUCCCAAAGUUAGACUUCUUCCUCAGCCGAACACUCCUCUCUUCCCCAGCUAACAUCACCCACUAGCCCUACUCUGCACCCUUCCUCAGUGAGUGUGAGUGUGUGUAAAAACUAGCCUACCAUACACAUGAAAAAAAGUUUGUUCCUUCUCUGUCUCUGCCCCAGAAGGGACUGUAUGAAAAAUGUUCUCAGCCCCUGGCUGUAAUGAGAUUCCUCUGCAAUUCAGAGGACUGCAUUCAGCUAGAGCUUCCCAGCUCCCAUCAGGAAAGGAGCAGCCCUCAGUGAUUCAACUUGAUGUACUCCAUCAAUGGCAGCAGCAGUCAAUGUAAGCGACAGGGACAACAGUAUCAAAAUAAAACAUUGGAAGAGAAUUACAAAUGAGCACAAUUGAUAGGCGGCAGGUGCUAGGUCACUAGUUCAAAUUUUGUCCAAGAGGACACUAAGUUGUCAGAUGAAGACAGAUUUGCAAAGUAGGAGAAAAAAAUGAUUUAAGGCUGCAAUCCUAACCACAACUGCUAAGAAGUCAGUCCUGUUGAAUUCAGUGGGGCUUGCUGCCAGGGGAGUGGAGUUAGCAUUGCAGACUAAGCCAUCUUGUAUGAGCACACAGCAUCCACCCAGAGAAGAGGCUGCCCACUGUGUUUCUUUUUGAUUCAUUGCUCUUGCUUUGCGUCCACCUGAGCAGUGAAUUAGUGUGGGAUGCAUGUCUCCGGAUGAGACUUUGUUUCUGUGCUGUGUAAUGGGAUCAACUGCUCUCAAUGAUGGGAUGCAACAGAAUGACCAGUCCCAAAUAGUGACUCACACAGGAGCACAAGUUGUUGGCUCCUCAGAGGGUGGACAGUUAUUUACCCUAAAAGUAAGAAUGAGAAGUGUACCUCCAGUUUUAGCUCAGAGAAGAGUCUGCCCCAGCUACUAAAACACUGAGAAAUGCAAUUAUUAAAUGAAGAGCAUUAUGUUACCCUGAUCCAGUAAUCAGUGGUGGUGCAGAGGCUCUGAUGCAACUAGCUGAAAC